AUGCAUCAUUUUUAUGAAAAGGGCCUUACUGGCUCACACAAUGGACACCAGAUACGAACCGAUUUCAUUCUGACCAAAAAAGCCAACCCGGGUGACAGAUUCUCUGUGUACAUUGAGGCUGUAGCUAGCGACAUGUUUGGUGCGGGUGCCAAGGGCAUGAUAAAUCCACCCGACCCCUCUCGUUACUACUCAAUCACAAUGGCAGAACUUGCAGUUUUUGAUAGAGAUGUUUAUGCUCUCCUGAUGGACCUGACUGUCAUCUAUGACAGUGCAAAGCAUCUUCCGGAAGGUUCUGAGAGAGCCUAUCAUGCUCUCCAUACUGCCAACCACAUUGUCAAUGCUUGUGAGCCCUUCAAGAAGUCAACUUUCCCCCUGUACGUAGCUGUGGGUAGUUUCAGUGUCUGUCGAGUUAGACUAGGUUCACAAUAUGUUGGGCGCUGUCCUGUCACGCUGUGCCACGUUGCCGCGUCACGAGGAUAG